GUGUCCGGAAGAAGGACUAGCAUGGUGGACAUAUUUUUCACUUUAUGCUUUGCUUUUAUUAAUGAUUUGGUAUAAUAUCCUAAUAUUAAUAAUCACCGAUUAAAACCUUAGCGUCGCACUGAGCUGCGUCUUCAGAUAAUAGCGGCUGUUUUCACACUACGUAGCUCUGGGCUGGAGUAGCCGUUACACCGCUGUCUGUCUGUCUGCCUGCACACGUCGUGACUUGUGACCUAGUUUGGUUUGUUUUUGUAGACUGACCUGAGUGGGAUGAAAUGUCAGGAGCCUGAACACAGACCAAAGAGGGUGACAUCUUAAUUCAGCGACUCUGAAGAAGAAGAAAAACGCCGUGAAAAAAGAGCACACUGAACAUUAACCAUGGCUGAAGUAACUGUAGAAGUAGAUGAGGAGAUGGCGAAGCAGGACUUGGAACCACUCCCAGAGCCACUACUGAUAAUCAUGUCCCCACCUCCACCAUUCUUACCUGUCCCUGGUGAACCCACCAUGUUUUGGCACAAGUGGCUAAAAGCUUUUGAACACUACGUUGAAGCACUCGGUGAAAACGAGCUCGUCGACUCCACUAAGUGUAUGCUCCUACAGAACUGCCUUGGUCUAGAGGGCCAGCGUAUCUUCACAACACUGAUCCAGAGUGAAACCACUUACGCAGCGGCCAUCCCAGCUCUGACGGCCUACUUCAACUCUGAUCCCACCUCUCAGAUGUACCGCCUUAAAUUUCAUCAGAGGGCCCAGAUGCCCGGAGAGACUCUAGAUCUGUUUGUGUCUGCGUUAGAGGAACUGCUGGAGCCUUGCCGCUAUGGAAACCUUCAAGACAAACUUAUCCUGGAUCAGCUGAUUGAGAACACCAGCUACCCACAACUCCGAGAGAGGCUGCUGUUGGAGAGGGAAACUCUGACCUUGGACAAGGCAUUGGCUAUCGGUAAAGAGCUUGAAUCUGCUUUAGACGAAUCUGAACUGUUUGGCUUUCAUGAGGUCAGUGUGGACAUCGGAGACGAUUUAGACCCCCCUGUUCAAACAAAGCGCAAAAGAGGGCGACCUCGGCGUGGGGAGGUAAGGCCGAAAAUGAAAGCAAAACCACGCUCGACUAAAAUCCAAACAAGAUCAUCUAGAUGCAAAGACAACUACUAUUACAGCAACGACAAGCUAUAUUACAGUGGAAAUGAAGAAGAUGAGUAUAAGAGCGCUGAUAAGACCGAUCGGGCUUGGGAUGAAGGCAGCGAUAAAGCAGGUAAGGAUGAUAACGGAACCGUGUCCUCAUCGUCACAGAGGAUGAAAGAGGAAGACUGCGACAAAGCUAGCGAUGGUGUCGUUGAUGAUGACGGUGACGAUGAAGACUUUGUCCUUCCACCGUCUAAACUAAGAGGCCCCUACUGUCCCAUCUGUACGGACAAGCGCUUCAGAGACGCAAACAAGCUCGCCAGACACAUGAGGACGCACACAAAGGAGAAACCGUUCAGCUGCCCGGUCUGCGCUUUUACCUUCAGCCAGUCCUACCACAUGACCCGACACAUGAGGAACCAGCACGGUGCCGGCCAACACAUCUGCUCCACAUGUGGGAUCAGUUUGGGGAGCUAUGCCGAGCUGCAACGUCACAAGAGGACGCACGCGCCAAAGGUUCUGUCGUGUCCCAAAUGUCACGAGGAAUUCACUAACAAUGAUGCAUUUUGUAGUCAUGUCAUGUCCCACAGAAAAGACCAGUCCACCCAGAUAGAGGGACAGAGUUCUCAGCAAAGUGAUAGAGUGACAAACCAAGAAAUAAUCGAAUCGUGUAACCAGGACAAUCACGAGAGUGACUAUAGCAAUGAUAAUGUUUCGGAGAAUUGUGCAGAGUCGGAUGGGGAUUCUCAGGAUAAAAAAUCUGAAGUUAACGUUAAGGUUGAAGAUAAGGACACUGAUGAAGGUAAAUCUCAAGAUGGAGGCAGUCGGGGGAAAAAAGUUGCCUCCAAGACCAAAAAAAGAGGCCACUUCUGUCCUAUCUGUAUUGACAGGCGCUUCAGAGGGUCAAACAAACUCGCCAGGCACAUGAGGACGCACACCAAGGAGAAACCGUUCAGCUGCCCGGUCUGCGCUAAGACCUUCAGCCAGUCCUACCACAUGACCCGACACGUGAGGAAGCAGCACGACUUGGGCAAGUACAUCUGCUCCACAUGUGGGAAAAGUUUAGGGAGCUGGCUGGAACUGAAAGCACACAAGAAGACUCAUGCGGUUGAAGGCCUGACAUGUCUUGCCUGUGAUAAACAGUUCAAGGAGAAGGCAACACUUGUGAGUCACCUGAAAUUACACAAGAAGGUCCAGUCCAGCCCUCGGAGCCUCGCCUGUGGUGAUUGCGGCAAAGUAUUCGGCCGGUUGUAUCAUUUGAAAAGGCACAUAGUGACCCAUCGCAAAGCAACAAACGGAGAGUGUUACACGUGCCCUGACUGUCAGAAGGAUUUUGCCUUCCCGGAAGACCUCAACAAACACCUGGAGAUUCACGCGAAAGAAAACAGCGGGACUUGUCCGAAAUGUGACGAAACCUUCAGUAGUCCAGAAGAACUGGAGACGCACAUGGGAGUCCAUGAGAAGUCUUAUGCCUGCAGCAUCUGUGAGAAGAAGUUCAAGGUUGAGUACGCGCUGAAGAAGCACGAACAAGGCCACCAAGACGAACAGUAUUAUUGUUCUCUGUGCCGCAAGCGCUUCAUUAAGCUGUCUCACUACAAGAGGCACAUAAUGGUCCACGAAAGACGGGAAUCCAGAUGUCCACACUGUGACAGCGUCUUCCUACAGUUAACGGCUUUGAAGUAUCACCUGCGGACUCAUACAGAAGAACGGCCGUACCAGUGCACCUGUUGUAUCGAGACCUUCGAGGAGAAGGAGGAGCUGGAGCAGCACUGCCUCAAACACCGGAAGUUCAAGAGGGAGAGGCCGUACUCGUGCACUCGGUGCGAUUCUGCUUUCUCUAGACUAAUUGAGCUGACCGACCACAUGAGCGUGCACGAUGGGGAGCAGCCGAUGAACUGCCCCAUCUGCGGCAGGACCUUCCUGAACAAGAACAAGAUGGAGAAGCACCUGAGCAUCCACACGGGGGAGAGACCUCACCUCUGCUCCAUCUGCGGCAACGGCUUCCCCUCGGCCGCCAGCCUCAAGUUACACAUCCACAUCCACACCGGAGAAAAACCCUUCCAGUGUUCGCAGUGCAGCAAGAGCUUCAGGUCGUCCAGCGGGCUGCGGCUGCACAGCAGGCAGCACAUGGAGGUGAGGCCCAGCUACGAGUGUCCCGAGUGUGGCAGGACGUACGGUCGCAUGACGGAGCUGAAGAUGCACCAGCGCUAUCACACGGGGGAUAAACCGUACGCAUGCACCUGCUGCAACAAACGCUUUAUUAGCAAAGACAAACUGAACGUCCACAUGAGGAUACACACGGGGGAGAGGCCGUACUCCUGCCCCCACUGUGGACAGACUUUCACACAGACUGGGGACAGAAACAGACACAUCAGUAAAUACCACUCGUUAGAUAGUGGAGGAACAGAGCUCCAGUGACGCUUCGUUCGUUGCUUUUGAUAGGAUUGUUCCAGUGGUUUUGCAUGUUUCCAGGGGUUGGUAGUAGAGGUGUGAAUCUUCACUGAUCUCCCGAUUCGAUUACGAUUAUCAUGUCUUCGAUUCGAUAUCAC